CCCAUGGGUCACCGGGCCUUCCUGGAAGGGGCCCAGCAGGACAUCUUCCUGGCCUUGGUCCAUUCUGGCCGAGCUGGGCUUCUGCAACCCCUCACUUGGAUCCUCCCCCAGGCUGUGUACAGAGCUGCCUGGGAACCGAUCCAUCUCCACCCCUUGGGUACAAAUAGGCCUGCUGCCUGGCCAGGGGACAGCUUUGUUCACUCCGGCUAACGUCGAAGGACCGGAAGUGAGCGUUUGAAUCAGCGAUGGCUCCCACUGGCGUGGGCCUGAAGGCUGCCUUCGUUUGCCUCCUGGUCUGGGCGAGCCUGGCGGCUGGCGACCGGGUGUACAUCCACCCUUUCCACCUACUGUUCUACAGCAAGAGCGCCUGUGCCCAGCUGGAGAGUCCCAACACGGAGAUGCCCCCAGAACCAACCUUCACACCUGUGCCCAUCCAGGCCAAGACCACCCCGGUGGAUGAGGCGACCCUGCGUGACCAGCUGGUGCUGGCUGUGGAGAAGCUGGGAGCCGAGGACCGGCUGCGGGCCGCCGAGGUGGCCAUGAUGGCCAACUUCAUGGGCUUCCGCAUGUACAAGACGCUGAGCGAGGCGGGAGGCUCGGCCAACGGCGCUGUCCUCUCCCCGCCAGCCCUCUUUGGCACCCUGGCCUCUUUCUACCUGGGUGCCUCCGACCCCACAGCCAGCCAGCUACAGGCACUCCUGGGUGUUCCUGGGAAGGACGGGGCCUGCACCUCUAAGCUGGAUGCUCACAAGGUCCUCUCCGCCCUGCGGGCCAUCCAGGGCCUGCUGGUGGCCCAGGGGGGCGCCGGCGGCACAGCCGAGCUGCUGCUGUCCACGGUGGUGGGCCUCUUCGCGGCCCCGGGCCUGCGCCUCAAGCAGCCGUUCGUGCAGGGCCUGGCCCCCUGCGCCCCAGUCGUCCUCCCACGGUCUCUGGACUUGUCCACUAGCCCAGGCCUUGCCGCCGAGAAGAUCAACCGGUUUAUGCAGGCCGUGACCCCGUGGAAGAUGAACGCACCCCUGGCAGGAGUCAGGGCAGACAGCACGCUGCUUUUCAACACCUACGUCCACUUCCAAGGGACGAUGAAGGGCUUCUCCCUGCUGGCCACACCCCAGGAGUUCUGGGUGGACAACAGCACCUUGGUGUCUGUCCCCAUGCUGACGGGCACUGGCACCUUCCAGCACUGGAGUGAUCCCCAGAACAACUUCUCGAUGACACGAGUGCCCCUGGGUGAGAGCGCCACCCUGCUGUUGAUCCAGCCCCACUGCGCCUCUGACCUGGACAGGGUGGAGACACUUGUCUUCCAGCAUGACCUCCUGACCCGGAUGAGGAACCUGUCUCCUCGCGCCAUCCGCCUGAGCCUGCCUCUGCUGCGGCUGCAAGGAUCCUACAACCUGCAGGACCUGCUAGCCCAGGCCAAGCUGCCCACCCUGCUGGGCACCGAGGCGAACCUGGACAAGAUCAGCGACCCCAGCCCCAGAGUGGGAGAGGUCCUGAACAGCGUUCUCCUUGAACUCAAAGCGGAUGAGGGAGAGGAGCCUUCUGAGUCUACCCAGCAGCCGGGCGAGCCCGAGGCCUUGGAAGUGACCCUGAGCCACCCGUUCCUGUUUGCCAUUUAUGAGCGAGACUCGGGAGCGCUGCAUUUCCUGGGCCGUGUGGAUAACCCACAGAGCGUGGCGUGAGCUCUUACAGCACAGGCCCUCGAGGCUGCAGGCUCGGCCAUGGAGGCCAGCCGGCUGCGAGAGCAAUCCCGGGCAAAAGGCCAGCGCUGUCAGCACCGGGCUUCCACCUCACUUCUAAGGAGGCAGCUCUGGUGGGAGGCCGUCUCCUUGGUGACCGUGCCCCGUGAAUAAAGAGCAGCUGCACCGGCCUCCCAGGCAGUGAGUGGCACUGUUUGGAAACUGGGGUGGGAACUAGGAACCCUUUUUCAGCACAGGACAACCCGUCCUGGAAAGAAUUCGAACAGAACAACUUUGUGAAACCAAAAUGCAUUCCCUUUUUAAUCCAAGAACAGAAAUUGGGUUUUGACAUUAAAAAACACAUUGUUCCUUU